UGGGUGUGUUUUUGUUAAAAUGGUCGUUGUUUCCUCCACCUUUAACGCGCCGGUGGAAGGAGUCCUUCUACAGAGUCCCUCAACAAAACUCCUCGUAAAUGAUCAAGAAUUGGGGACUGCUACUCUCUAUAUCACAGAACAAAACGUAGUGUGGGGUGGCGGCGUAAGCCCUUCUGGGACAGCUGCCCCCUCCAUCACCCUGCUGUACCCCACCAUUUCUCUUCAUGCUGUGCAGAGGGAACCCACUGCUGCCCUUUACAUGGUGCUCAAUUAUGAGCUAAGACUGCCAGAGCCGUCGGCUCAGCAGCAGGGUGGUGGCGACGCCAAUGAAGACGACGACUUCGACCCUGACAAUCAGCCAAUCACACAGCUGCGAUUCAUUCCUCAAAAUGAGGCAGAUUUGCAAGCGAUGUAUUCAGCAAUGAGCCAUGGACAAUCGCUUCACCCUGAUCCAGCAGACGAGGUGGAUGAUGAUGACCCAUACAUGGAUGGGGAGGAGUUCGAUGAAGGCGACGAGGAGUUCGAGGACGCGGAGGAGAGCACAGCGGGCGCGCCCGACGACGCCGCGCAGCGCCUGCGCACGCUGCGGAUCGACAACGCCAACGGGGCGCACUACGAAGAUGCCGAAGACUCGGAAAUCACCGAAGAGUGAUUCAACGUGGAUGUAUAGUUUAGUCUGCAUUCGCUUUAUUAAGUGUGAUUGUUUAGUUAAGCUCCCUGUUUUUUGUUACAUUUUGAUCUGAUGGUUGCUGUUCUUUAACAUUAUGAUAGAAGACUGCAAUGAUGUAACCCCAACCAGCCGUAAUCGCGUAAGGGGAUCACCAUUUUACGCGUUCUAGAGACACACUGUGUUCUUAACGAUAUUGGUACUGUAGCAUCUUACAGCCACAAGGAGUCUCUAAAACGGCUGCAUUCCAUUCACCAUUUACAUAAUACUUGUAAGUAUAUGUAUUUGCCAAGUUUUAUUGAAAUCGGUUAUCAGAAAAUGCGCGAGGCCGGAUUCAUCCCUUAAGUUUGCCACCUUUAGAAGUGGAAUUGUUUAUUCAAAUUUAAAUGGGACCAAUACUCAGGUACCCUCUUUCCAAUAAAAAGAAUCAUCGAAAUCAGUGCACAACUGCCAGAGUAACCGCGUAACAUUCAUACAAAAAAAUACAGCCCAAUCAAGAAUUCCUCCUUUUUUUGAAGUCAAAGUAAAGAAGAAGGAAACCGUUAAGGCACCGUGUAUCUCUGGGCCGCGUGACUGGUUAAUCAAGUGUAUCUGUCGUUUGUUAAACUUUUGAUAGAUAUUUAAUAGAAACUGGCAACACUGUCGGAAGUUUGACGUUGGUUUUUUGUCGUGACACCUAACGCCACAAUUUCAAAUUUUAACAGCAAGUUG